AUGACUUCUAGCACUCCGACUGCUGAAAACUGUCGUAAAGAGAGCGCAGAAGACGGCAGACACGUGUGGAGCGCAGCACACGUGGUCGUUCAGUGUUUUGGUCAGAGAGAGCAUCGAAUGAAUGCAUAUAAAAACUCUCUUGUGUUGAAUAUGUUACCGGUUAUGGACAUCAACGAUAAAGCUGAUGAUGAUCGGAGAGGAGUCAAGCGAAAGGUGGCUUUGUCCAGCUGUGACGUUUGUGAGAAUAAAGAGGCCAAAUACAGAUGUCCGAGCUGCAUGAAACACACCUGCAGUUUGGCCUGCGUCAAGCAGCACAAGACGCUGUGGGGAUGCUGCGGUGUUCGGGACAAGACGGCGUUCGUGCCUCUCGCUGAAUUCGAUGAGAUCCACCUGCUGAACGAUUACAGGUUUCUGGAGGACACGGCUCGUCUGUCACAGCAGUCCAACAGAGACAACGUCCUGCUCCGCAGCCAUCGAUACCCGAAGGAGGGCAUGUGGUUGAUCAGAAAAGCCAGACAGGUCAAAGUCACCCUGAAGCUUCUGCCCAAAGUCUUCAGCAAACACCGGGAGAACAGCACCAUCUUCAGAAAAGCGGAAAGACGGAUCUACUGGCACCUGAAGAUCCAUUUUCCUCAGAGCGACGCCGUUUAUUCGGAGAGGUGUCCUGAUAACCAGCAACUCGACCAGAUUCUCAACAACUACAUUCAUCCUUCAGAAUCAGAUCCAGUCAAGCGGCAAAAGCUAAAGAUCUACGUCCACAGUCCUCCAGAGGACAUCAGAGUCUUUCUGAAGUCAGAGGAAACACAGCCCAACUCUCUCAGGUUUCUGGAGCUGGAUCUGAAGAAGAGUCUGCAGGAAAACCUGAUGCAGAAGACCAUCGUGGAAUACCCAGAAGUCUUUGUGGUUCUGAAGGAGCACAGUCAGGAGUACCUCACUCUCAGAGCAGAGCGUCCCAGUGCUGCCUCGGCGAGCAUCAGCAGAGCCUCAUGUUCCCCGGCUGAACCUCGCUCAGACGAUCUUGUGCACGUGGCCAAGAAGCACAGAGUCUCCGAGGACGAGGAGCUGGAGGAAGGAGAGAUCCGAAGUGAUGAAGAGGAUGAAGCUGUCACUGACAAAAAGAGAGCUGCCGUGCAUGAGGAGGAGGAGGAUGAGAGUGAUGAAGAAGCUGAGAUGAAGGACUGUCCUCCUCAACACAGUGUCCAGGACACUCAAAGAGACAAAGAGAGAACUGAAGAAACGAUGGAGGUUUCUCAAGCUCCUGGAGAAGAUGACAGCACUCAGACUUUCACUGAUGAGGGAAGAAGUCAGUGUGAAGACGAGACGUCUGAUGUUCCUCCUCAUGAAGGCCAGGAAAACAUCGAUUCCAGCGCUGGACUUCCAGAAGAUGAUGGUGUUCAAGAGAGAAAUGACAACGAAGGACAGACUGACUCCUGCAUGGCCAGAGGUCAGAGUUCAAGCCAGGGAAACGUGCACGGAGAAAACACUGCUGUUUAUUCCAGUGUGAGUGAAAGUCAGGCUAACGUGUGAUGGAAAGGAGCCAGAAGUCCUGUGGACUCAAUCCUGCGCCAUCAAACACAGAUAAGGCUUCAGAUUAAGACAGAAGCAAGCGAUGGACUGUUAAAUGAUAUCAGACGUCACUGUGUUCAUGGAGACAGACAAACGCUUGAACAUUCCUCAUAAAGCUCACACUGUAAUCCAGAAAAUAUUGGAUAAAUAAAGUCAAGAUCAUGCAUACUGUGAAAUCUGUGCUUCCAUCAUGUGCCUUAGGGUUGCAUCAGAAGGUCUGCUUUGAUUGACAGUCAUGGCAUCAGUUUUAUUAAUGUGACUGUGUUGUUUUUUAAUAAACGUCUGAAUCUCUUUGA